AUGUGUGAGCUGGCAGCGAUCCUACGGCCAAUAUUUGAAAUUUCUGACGGAAAGCGUGUCGGUCGCCAAGACCACCAAGAACACCAAGAACCCAAGACCUGGAUUGGCUGGCUCCGCGCUCCGAACCCGGUCGAGCAUCAAGCCUCAACAGCCACGACGACUUGGCGGCCAUCGAGAACCAAUGUCAAACCCCAAAGUUUGUCUUUUUUGGCAGCUGUGGCGGGCAACCCCCACUGA